UGGAAAACCAAGAUCCAAGGGCUAGCGGGCGCCAGAAGCAAUCUUUAAUUCACAACUACCACCAGCCAACGAGCAGAAAGCCACAGCCAAGUAAUUUUGUGAAUCCUUCAAAAUUUCUCCCUCUUCUUCUUCUUCUUCUUCCUCUCUCCCUGUGUGCAGGGCAGAGACUGACCACUACACAAAUGGCAAGGACCAGGACCGCUCAUAAACGAAGCGACAACAGAGCUGCUCCGUUCUUUUUAGCCACUCUCAUUCUGUGGUUCGUCUCAGUUUGGUUUGAGAUUCUAUUCAAUAAGCGCAGAGAGCUCUUUUGGAUCAUUGCUGGAACUUUCUUCUUCCAGAUAGCCAACUGGCUCAUUCGAUUUUUCGUCUCUCGUGUCCCUCUCUUUGUCAAUACCUCUGUUUCUCUACUCCAUUCUACCAUCACCUCCGUUUCAGUGGUUUUCAUUUUAGUCCAUCAGUGUUUAAAAACUGGUUCAGAUGGGUUGUUUGAGCAUUCACAACUUGUUGGAGGUACAUGGGAAUGGGCAUACCCUACCUUGUGUUUGUCGUGUGGUUAUUUUGCAUAUGAUCAGUUGGAUAUGCUGCUAUACCGAUUAUACAGUGGCUUGAUCCCUUCCAUUCUCAUGCACCAUCUCAUACUUCUGAUUUGCUUUACCCUGGCUCUGUAUCGAAAUGUCACAAUCAACUACCUUAUUCUCACUCUGAUUUGUGAGCUGCAUUCAAUCUUCCUACACGUGAGGAAAGUGCGACGGAUGGCUGGUGUUCGGGAUGCUAAGAGCAAAAUUGUGAAGUUAGAAUGGAUUCUUAAUUGGGUAACAUUCAUUUUUGCAAGAUGUGUAUCUCACAUUCUCAUCACCAUCAAGUUAAUCAGAGAUGCUCCUAAGUUUGAAAAAGGUGUAGAGUUGCCACUUGCUCUGUUUGGGAUGGCUGGAAUGAAUCUGCUCAAUGUUGGUCUUGGCAUUGAUCUUUUUAAUGCAUUCAAACGAGAGAGAAAUCUUCUUAAAGACAGCAAUAAUCAUGGUGAAUAAUCAAGAGAAUGAGGGGAAAAAGAAGUGUACCUGAAUUUGUUUUUCCUGAAAUUUUGUUUAUUUGAAUUGUUUGAAUGUUGGGUUGCUUUUGGUUUAGCCCACUGUAAUUUUAUCUUCUGAUGAAAGGAAAUAGAUUUGUAAAUUGUGUGC